AUGGCCAUUGAUCUGUAUAAACUACAAAGAACGUUAUACAGUAAUGAAGUAAGGAAGGAUGACAAUCCCACCAAGGCAUAUAUUUUUCCGAAUCGCAAUAAAAAAGAUAUUUUCACACCUAACCCUUCGAUUAGGACCUUCAUGCAGGUCUUACAACAUGAGAUAAGCCCCAUUGUGACAACACCACCUGACCACAGAGAUAAUCUAUUUAAAGAUGAACAUGCAGCACUAAAGGAUUUGAUUCAAGAUCCCACCAUCAUAAUUCGGCCAGCCGACAAGGGCGGUGCCAUUGUCAUACAAACAUAUGAGGAUUAUAGGAAAGAAAUCAUGCGUCAGCUGUAUGAUACCUCUACGUAUCUAAAACUCACCUUUGACCCAGUUGCAAAAUUUCAGAAGAAGAUUGAAAAACUUAUUGAUGAAGGACUAUCGCAUCGGUACCUUGAUGAAAACACUGCUAAAUUUCUAUUUUUAAGUACCCCAAACACCCGGUUAUGUACACGUUACCAAAAAUACAUAAGGACCUAG